AUGCAAUUCUCUACUGUCGCUUCCAUUGCUCUAACCGUCGCUGUCGCUUCCGCUGCUUCUUCUUCUGACGAUAUCACUUACGUCGAUGUCACCACCACCCCAGAAGUCACCAAAUCUGCUGUCUCCACCGUCAAGACUACUUCUACUCCACACACAACCACUACUCUAGCUGUCAAGACCGCUGCUAACAGCACAACUUCCAGUUUCUACUCUUCUGUCUCUGUCAACAGCACAUCUCACAGCGUUCUAGAACAUGAAGCUGGUGCUGCCGCCACCACUUACGGUGUUGGUGCUUUGCUUGGUGCUCUAGCUGUUGCUUUAUUGUAA